AUGGAGCGCUCUUUCAGUGUGAGAAAAGGUGCAUGGACUGAAGAGGAAGAUAUCCUUCUCAAGCAGUGCGUUGAGACCUAUGGAGAAGGAAAGUGGUUUCAAAUUCCUCACAGAGCAGGCUUAAAUAGAUGUCGGAAAAGCUGUAGAAUGAGGUGGCUGAACUACCUAAAGCCAAAUAUCAAGAGAGGAGACUUUGCCGCAGAUGAAGUUGAUCUGAUUAUGAGGCUCCAUAAACUCUUAGGCAACAGAUGGUCACUAAUUGCAGGUAGGCUUCCAGGAAGAACAGCUAAUGAUGUGAAGAACUUUUGGAAUUCACUCUUAAACAAAAAGGAAACUUCAAUUCUAGCACUAAAGGCACAGAAAAAAAAGGCACAAGACAUUGUGAAAGUGAAAGUGAUAAAACCUCAACCUCGGCCUCUCUCCAAAAAAUUUACAUGGUUAAGUGGGAAACCUACAACACCAAAAAGCUUUGUACCAGAGGACAAUAUGAGCAACAUAUCUCCAGCAUUAAUGUCAUCAGAAAGUAGGAUUAACUGGUGGGAAUACUUGUUAGAUGACAAAGAAGAUGAUAAAAGAGCCACAUGCUCCGUAAGUGGGUUAGAUAAAGAGCCCAACAAAGAUCUUGGGACUGAGAUAAUAGCACCAGAAGCAAGAGUUUGGAACAUUUUUGAUGAGGAUGAUCCAAGUUGCUUGGCUGACUUCUCUUUUGAGAAGAGUCUUUGGGAUUUUCUCAAUGCUGAAUAA